UCAUAUGGGUGUGUAAAGGGUAGCUGAAAACUGUGUCAUUGUUAACCAAGUGUUCUAUAUAAAAUGACAGAGGAGCCACGUUGCAUUCCACAGAAGAUCAUCCCAUGGUUCAAGAAAAGCUACGAGGACUAUUAAAGUUGGACUGUGUACAUCAUAGGGAUACCCACUUCUCCUGAGGAGACCCUCAACCUGCAGCAUGGCUCUACUUAUUCAUGCACUUGCUUGCGCUUUUGGCCUAGGUUCCUGGUUGGCCAUCAAUGGUUUGUGGGUGGAGCUGCCUCUCAUUGUCACCACCCUUCCCGAGGGCUGGGAGUUGCCCUCUUACCUGACUGUCAUCAUCCAGCUGGCCAACCUGGGGCCCUUGCUGGUUACCCUAAUGCACAAGCUGUGCCCUGGUCGGCUGAAAGAGAGUGUUGUCAUCUACACCAUCUUGUGUAUCGGUGUCUUGGCCUGCUUCUUACUGGCCUUUUUCUGGGACGUGACAACGGUGGUGGCUGGGGCCCAGCACAGCGCAGCCUUCUUCAUCAUUACUUUCUUCCUGGCACUAGUAGACUGCACCUCCUCAGUCACCUUCCUGCCCUUCAUGAUGCAGCUGCCUGCCCACUACAUCACCACCUACUUCAUCGGGGAGGGCCUCAGUGGCUUCAUCCCCGGCAUUUUUGCCCUGGCGCAGGGGGUAGGCAUUGCAAAGUGUGUGAAUGUCUCUGGGUCGUCUGGUAACCACACUGAGGGCGGGGACACGCAUGUUUUGCAGACCCAGUACCUUCCUCCAAACUUCACUACAGAGGUCUUCUUUUUCUUCUUAGCAGCUAUGAUGUGUAUCAGCCUGGCUGCAUUCUGGAAGCUCAACAGGCUUCCACGGACAUUUGAAGUCUCCACUGAGAACCUUGUUCCAGAUUCAGUGUCAUCUGUCUGCUCUGGCCUGGACAAUCCUGCAGUUAGGACUAAUAGUCAGGGCCAAAAACAUCUCUGUGAGGUGACAAGCCAGGCCAGGCCUCUGCUGACUAAAUCAGGCCACUCCAUGUUCCAGUUGACCUUCAUCUACCUUAUGGUCGUGUGGGUGAAUGGAACUACCAACGGUUUACUACCCUCUGUUCAGACGUAUUCCUGUAUGCCCUAUGGGAACCUGGCCUAUCACCUCUCUGCUGCUCUGGCAUCUGUGGCCAAUCCAGUGGCCUGUCUUGUUGCCAUGUUCUUUCCUAAAAGGUCGCUGGUCUUCCUGGGCCUGUUGUGUGUCAUGGGGACUGGCUUUGCAAGUUACAACAUGGCUAUGGCUGCCAUGAGUCCAUGUCCUCUUCUUCAAAAAUCUGCACUGGGAGAGGUUAUCAUUGUGCUUUCGUGGGUGUUCUUCACUGGCUCCUUGUCUUAUGUGAAGGUAAUGGUGGGGGUCAUCCUGAGAGAUGAGAGCCACAGUGCCCUGGUAUGGUGUGGAGCUGCGGCGCAGAUUGGAUCUCUGAUCGGAUCAGUCAUCAUGUUUCCAUUGAUCAACGUGUACAACUUGUUUCAGUCAGGAGACAUCUGCAGUACGAAAUGUCCUUUAUGACUGACUCUUUGAGAACCAGUAUUAUUUUGCCAUGGAGGGCUACUUUUGGAAAAUGGAACAAUAAUAGUCAUUUACCUCCCUUUGAAGGAAAUGCUUUACUUAUGCUUUGAAGUAAUACUUUGCAGUGCUUUACUUAAAAUGUAUCAAUUGGUGACAUAUAACAGUCAAACUGUUGGUUAAGACAUCUAAUAUUAAUGUGUGAUAACACAUUACAGCUUAGUUAAUAUCUGUUAAUUAUUUAGGAGGAUAAGAGGAAUUCAUUUGUACUAGUGUAAUUCUUUUACAAUUUUUACUUGGUUUUGCAAUGUUUUAACACUAGAUGGCAUAGGUAGUCCUUCAUAUUUUAUUACUUUCAUGUGAUGAUUCUCCUGACACCCAGCAAAUCCUGAAACAAGCAAACAAAAGACGUCUAUGUGAAGUCGUAUGACUGUAUUGAUUUAUAACUAUCUCACUUUUUGUGCUAGUGUGAACAUUUUAUAAAAUAUUAUGAUAUUUAUAACGUAGGCCGGUAAAGCUGGUUGCUUACGUUUUUUGUGGGCUCACAAAUAAUCAAACAAACACAAGAUGAAAGUAAAUGUGUCACUACAAGAAUUUGUUCCAAUGUGUAGAGGAUGGGGUGUAGGAGAAGAUACAAAGCAUGUGUGCAUCUGUCUGUGGGCUAAUCAGUAGUGAUGGCUCAUCAUGUCCAUCCAGCGUGUGUGAGAAUCAGACUACUAUCCUAUGUCUGGUUCCAGCUGGUCAGACGGAUGCUGCAUCCUUAGAGGAGGAAGCUGGACAUUCAUGGGAACCAGAGAGAGAUUUCCCAUUAGCAGCUGUUCUCCUCUCUGUCCCCAUCUCCCUUAGACGGGGGCAAAGAGCAGCAUGGGGGCCUUCAGGGAGGAAGAGGGGGUUGUCUGUAAUAGGGGGGAGGGGUGUCGGCUGUUGCCCCUGUUGUUGGUCACUUGGGAGCCUUGCUGACCCCGACACUGAGUAAAAACAAAAAAAGCAAGAGGGUGUAAUUACCCUCACGUAGCCUCCGGGGCUGAGGAUCAGCUAAGGACAAGCACAGAUGCGACUUUCUCACUUUUGUCGAGAUUUUGAUAUCCCUUCAUUGUUGCACUAUAAAUUACACAUUAAAAACAAAUGGAUGUUUCAGGAUA